UACGGAAGUUACACUGUGUUAUAAAAAUGGCGGAUGAAGUACAAGCAGAAGAGACCACAUUUGUAGUAGAAGAAGUGGCAGCUAUAGUUAAGGAUGCUGUAGAGAAUGUACUGGGCACAGUUACUUACCAGCACAAUAAGGUCAACCAAUGGACCUCCAAUGUAGUAGAACAGUGUCUGAAUCAGUUAACAAAACUAGCCAAGCCAUUCAAAUACAUUGUGAAUUGUGUUGUGAUGCAGAAGACAGGUGCUGGAUUACACACUGCAAUGUCGUGCUACUGGGACAACAACACCGACGGGAGCUGCACCAUCAAAUGGGAAAACAAGAGCAUGUACUGUAUAGUGACAGUGUUUGGUCUUGCAAUAUAGACACUAUUGCAUACAUAUACAUGCAUAACUCUCUAUGUUGCAUACACGUACAUACAAAGUAUAAUACAUAAAUGAUAAUAAUUAUAGUCAAUAUGCACACUGUUUUAUCUCAAAAACAUAAAGACAUAAU